AUGAUUCUGCCUGAGACCACAAGCGGCCGAACAGGCCAGGAUGCCGAUCUCCAGACUGUCCUCAAUGAGCAUGGACUGGAGUUGACCCCGGACGGGGAGUUCGUGCGCUGGGCGGCGUCGAACCAGAACCAUCCGCGCAAUUGGUCUGCGGUGCGGAAGGUAUAUGACAGUAGUCUGAUCAUCUUCCUGGACCUCUUCACGACCGCUAUCAGCACGGCAGGUAGCCCUGCUGCCGACCAUUCUCACCAGGAAUAUGGGGUCAGUCGGGUCCUGGCUAUCUUCCUCUUUGUCUCGCUGUAUCUCAUCGGCCAGGGCAUCGGGGGCAUCAUCUUCCCGGCCUACUCGGAGGUCUUUGGGCGCAAGAACCUGUAUAUCGUCAGCACCGGCCUCUACAGCGUCUUUUGCGUCGUUGUCGGCGUGGUUCCAUCCCUAGCAGGCGUGAUAGUAGGUCGGUUCUUCUCUGGGUUCUUGUCCGCCAUUCCCACAAUCGUCGUGGCCGGCAGUAUUGAGGACAUGUUCAAUUCCAAGGGCCGUGUUUGGAUGAUCUUCCUCUGGGCCAUGGUGGCUAACAUGGGCCUUGUCCUGGGACCCAUCAUGAGCGUAUACAUCAUUGCUCGGCUCGACUGGCGAUGGGUCUUCUACAUCGCCGCCAUCGUCACAGCAGUCAUCACCCUUCUCAUCCUCUUCAUCCGCGAGUCGCGCCCCUCCCUCCUCCUCGCGGGCGAAGUCGCCCGCUUCCAGAAGACUGCACCCGCCUCCAUUCGAGACCAGCCGCUCCGCCCGCUUAAUCCAGACCACGCCCCGAACCUCCGCACCUUCGCUCGCAUGGCCCUUUUCCGCCCGCUCCGUCUCUUCUUCACCGAACCCAUCGUCUUCCUCGUCUCCGUUAUGAGCGCCGUCGCCUUCGCGCUCAUCUACCUCUUCACCGAGGCCCUGCCCCCAAUCUUCCAGUCCAUGGGCUUCAAUGCGCAAGCUUCCUCCCUGCCCUUUCUGGCUAUUGGCAUCGGCCUCACAGCAGGCCUCUUUACCCGCCUCGCGGACCACCGUACCCUCGUCAAAUACCAGAAGACCGGAGUCACCCCGCAGCCAGAACACAAGCUCCUCGGCUUCUCGAUCGGUGCUCCCGUCCUCGCCAUCGGGCUGUGGUGGUUCGCUUGGACGAUCCCGCCGCGCGUGGAAGGUGUCCACUGGGUCGUGCCUUGUGUGGCUCUCGUGCUGAUCGGGUACGCGCUUAAUGAAUUUGACGCCGUGCUAGCAGGCUAUCUGGCAGACAGCUACCUUAGCUACGCGGCAAGCGGGUUCGCAGCGCUGGCGCUCGUGCGCUCGUGUCUGUCUGCUGUCUUUCCGCUCUUUGCGGGGCAAAUGUUUGAUGGGCUUGGUGCGAAUGUUGCGGCGUCCGUGCUGGCGGCUGUGGCGACGGUGUUUUGUCUUGUCCCGCCGCUGUUUGAGCGCUAUGGGGCGCGGAUUCGGGCGAGGAGUCAGUUUGCCAGGUAUAGUCUGCAGGUGUAUCAGGAUAAUGGGAUUGAUAAGGAGGGGUAUUGA